CAUGGCCGGGUCCUUUCCCCCGGGACUAACCCGCCCGAACCGACACCACAUCCCAGGGUAUUCCGGGCACUGCCCACAGCUCCGCUUCAGCCUGGGCCACACCUAUGGACAUUUGACUGCCCGGCUGCUGCGGGACCCUCCGGCCCCAGCCCGGCCCCCCCGCUAUGUGCUGCUGGCCCCGACCCAGCCUCCGCGGUCCCCUGAUCUCCCCCGCAAGGAACGGCUUUCCUGGCACGGACAUGAGAGACUUAGCUGCAGCCUGGUUCCAGGGUACACAGGCUUUGUGCCUCGGGCCCGGCCCAUCUUUGCCAAGAGCUACAGCCGGGUUUGUGCUCAGGCCCUGAGCGAGUUUACACACCAGGGGGUGAGACCCAGGGAGCAGACCGGAGUCCUGAAGUCACAGCCACCCACAGCCGAGUGUGAGCCCACCUCACCCCGAGACUCCCCUUACUCGAGGGAGAACAGGGACCCCGGCAAAGGCUUCGUCUCAGGUGAGUAGGAGGAGGAG